CUGCCUAAAAACAAACAGCUUUUAUAAAGUCCAAUGAUGGUCAUUAAUGAUAAAUUAGUUCUCAAGUCAUGUGUAUAUGUGUAUAGUGUAUAUUUAGACGGACAGAUAGACAGAUAUUUUCUUCUUCACAUUUCCUUCAGUUUCACAUUUCCAUCAUCUCUCUCUCUCUCUCUUGGGACACAUCCACACGCACCAUUUAGUGAAAACCAGGAAGUGUGUGUAUUCAAGAGAAACGAAACUGAAUUAUCUGCCACAUCAGUGACUCAACACAAAUAGUUUGGCGUAAAGCUGUUGAGGAGGGAAUAUUCGGCUUGUUUUAACUGUCAGAGCAGCCAUCCUUAUAAAGGGGAACAGACUAAGAGAAUCUGUUGAAUUCUUGAGCUGCAUAGAAAUGGCAGAAUCUUCAGAAAGUGAACUUCAGGAGCAGUUAAGCUGUUCGAUCUGUUUGGAUCCACUGAAGGAGCCGGUGACGAUUCCAUGUGGACACAGUUACUGCAUGAGCUGCAUUACUGACUGCUGGGAUCAAAAGGACCAGAUGCCACCAUACCGUUGUCCCCAAUGCAGAGAGACCUUCACUCAAAGACCUGCACUGAAAAAGAACACUGUUCUAGCUGAGAUGAUGGAGAAGCUGCAGAUGACAUCCAUACAAACUGCUUCCUGUUCUCAGGAGGACUCUUGUGUGGAGUGUGAUGUUUGUACCACAGAGAAGAAUAGAGCUGUAAUGUCCUGUCUGCAGUGUUUGGCCUCCUUCUGUGAAACUCAUCUGCAGCCUCACUAUCAGUCUCCUGCAUUUAUGAAGCACAAACUGGUCAAAGUCUCCAUGCAAAUUCAAGAGAACAUUCCAGACAAUAAUUGUCUUCGUCACGGAAAACCUCUUGAUAUUUACUGUCAGGAUGACAGUCAGUGCAUUUGUUACUUGUGCAUGAUCGACAAUCAUAAAGGCCACAACGUGGUAUCUGUGGAAUCGAAAUUGACUGAUAAAAAGAAAGAGUUAAGGGAGACACUGGUGAAAUGCCAGGAAAUGAUCCAGGAGCGAGAGAGAGGUCAGCAGGAACUCAGUGAUGCUGUGAAGUCUUUUAAAAUCUCAGCUCAAGAGGCAGAAGGGGACAGUGAGAAGGUCUUCUCUGAGCUCAUCUGCUCUCUUGAGAAAAAACGCUCUGAGAUUAAAGAUCUGAUCAGAGCUGAAGAGAAAGCUGAGAUAGAUCGAGCAGAGAAACUUCACAAACAGCUGGAUCAGGAGCUGACAGAACUCAGACAAAGAGACGAGGAGAUACAGAAACUUUUACUAACUGAGCAGAUUCAUAUUCUAGAAAGUUCUCAGUCUGUGUGUGUUUUACCCACUUUUGACAACGUGUCCCGCAUCAUUCAGCGCACUCAUCUGUCUUUUAAAGAUAUUUCAAUCUCAGCACUCAAAGAGGUUUUGGAGGAUGUUUGUCAACAAGAAACAAAUAAAAUAUCCAGAGAAGUGAAAAAUGUCCAUGUUGCAGAGCCUCAAGAACAAAAGUCUCCAAAUAAAUUUUUGCAAUAUUUCUGUGAGCUUCAGCUGGAUCCAAACACUGCACACAAAAACCUCAAACUGUCAGAAGGGAACCGGAAAGUAUCGUAUUCCGAUAAAGUCCAGCAAUAUCCUGACAACCCAGAGCGAUUUGACGACUUCCCAUACCUCCUGUGUACAGAAGGUUUACAUGGUCGUUGUUACUGGGAGGUUGAGUGCACUGGCAAAAACUGGUCUGUAGCAGUCUCCUACAGAGGAAUCAGUCGUAAAGGAACCAGUGACAACUGUAGACUGGGCUUCAACAAAAAAUCCUACAGAUUCGGCCACUAUCAAAACAAUGCAUAUUUCAUACAUGACAGCAAGCAGGUCCGUAUACCUGUGGUCUGCUCCUCUAGAAUAGGGGUGUUUCUGGAUCACAGAGCAGGAACUCUGUCCUUCUAUAGUGUCUCUGAUACAAUGACUUUACUGUACAGAUUCCAGACCACCUUCACUGAACCUCUCUAUCCUGCAUUUCAAAUUGAUUCAGGUUCAUCUAUCAGAAUCAUAGAGCAGAGCAGAUUUCAGGCAGAUUAGUAAAAACAAAAUUCACAAAUGCACAAGCUAAAAAUAGACUGUUUAAAGAUUAAAUGGUCAAUAUUUUCAAAUAUUAUUCAGUAGUUUAUAAUUUGAACAUUUGUUACAUUUUGGGGGAAGAUGAAUUUUCAUUACGUAGCAGGCUCUAUGUUACACUUUUAUUAUAAGUGUGAUUCAAACAAAGGAAAUACAAUUUCAUAUAUUCUCCAUCAAUCAAAAUUCAGCUUGUGGUUUGAUGUAAGAAAAGACAUGAAGUGUGUUGUUAAUCUCACACAAUGUGUAUGAGUGAUUUUAUCCUCACCAGUUUCGAAGUUCUCCAAAACCUUUAAGAUUUAAGUUCAAUUGUUCAUUAGCGAACUUGUUUGAGAGCAUAUGCGAACAAUAAAUAUCUACUAUAUAUACACAAAUAAAAUAAUACUUAAUACGUAUGGUAUCAACUAAGGUAUAGUAUACCUUUAUAGUACUUAAAAUUACAAAGUGUCCCAUGAUAGAAUUAAUAAAAACGAACCUUGCAAACUGUAUGUUUGUUUGUUUCUCAGGACCAAUCCGGUCUCACGAAAAGUCCUACAAAAGGUUAUUGGGAUGUGGUGGUGGCGUAGUGGGCUAAAGCACAUAACUGUAAAUCAGAAGGUCGCUGGUUCGAGCCCCACAGCCACCACCAUUGUGUCCUUGAGCAAGUCACUUAACUCCAGGUUGCUCCGGGGGGAUUGUCCCUGUAAUAAGUGCACUGUAAGUCGCUUUGGAUAAAAGCGUCUGCCAAAUGCAUAAAUGUAAAUGUUACGAGGUGGCUAAAUCACAUGAUGUUGUACAAUUUAUUUUGUUUUAAUUCGUACUAAUUGAUCACAUGUAAAUGCCUGUUUGUGUAACGCGGAAGUAAGCGAAUCUUCCGCAUGUGAUGUCAUGUUAUGCCCCAACCCAAACCCCUUAUCUAAACCUAACCAUACAGUAGAGUGUGUAAGCAUAAUAGAAAGCAUAUAGCUUAUGUUGUGUGUGACAGAAGCAAGUAAUUGUCAUGUUUUAGAAGAAAGUGGGAUCAUAAGAGGUACUGUUGCUCCCAAUACAGAGAGACCUUUAGCUGAGAUGAUGGAGAAGUGUGUUAAAGACCAAGUAUGAGUAAAUAGUAAAUGUGUAAAAACAUUACGCUUCAGUAUUGCUGUUUUUCUGAUCAGUGUUACCAAUGAAAACCAUUGCCAUUUAAAAACUGUGUUAAACAAAUGUGUUUUGUUGGAUUGUGUUUGUGAAAUGUGUUACAAUUGCAAACAACAAAUGCAACAGAUGUCCUUUUGUAUAUGUUAGCAUUGGACAAUUAUCAGCUAUUA